UCCACAACACCUGAUCCACCAUGGCUGAUGACCUCGACUUUGAGACCGGCGAUGCUGGGGCCUCCGCCACCUUCCCCAUGCAGUGCUCCGCCCUCCGCAAGAACGGCUUUGUGGUGCUCAAGGGCCGUCCCUGCAAGAUUGUGGAGAUGUCCACCUCCAAGACGGGCAAGCACGGCCACGCCAAAGUGCAUCUCGUCGGCAUAGACAUCUUCACUGGGAAAAAAUACGAAGAUAUCUGCCCCUCAACUCACAACAUGGACGUGCCCAACAUCAAGAGAAAUGACUUCCAGCUUAUUGGCAUCCAGGAUGGCUACCUGUCUCUGCUCCAGGACAGCGGGGAUGUCCGGGAGGAUCUGCGUCUCCCUGAGGGAGACCUGGGCAAGGAGAUCGAACAGAAAUACGACAGUGGAGAAGAAAUACUGGUGAGGAUGGGCCCCGGGUCCUCGGGUUCGGCCCGUUUACUGGGCGCACGGCGGAUACACAAGCUUAGCUAA